CGUGCGAGUACAAGUAUUAGUUAUUUCACCGAUAAAUAUUUUUAUGUUCAAUUUUUCCAAUUUUUCAUCACCGUCUACGAUUUUAUAUUUUUCACGUUAUAGAUGUUACUAAAUACAUUCGAUAACCUAGCGAUAUUUAAUUAUACACUAUCAAAGAACAGAUGGACAAUAUGUUACACCUUCAGUGUCUCUUAACCGUCUACGUGAGCAACCGUCCACAAUAAUUUAGCUGACUGAUUUUCCUCGUUCACGGAAACAGCGAUAUUCAUGAGAAAAGAAUUACUGUCAAACGAAAAGAUGAAGCUACUGCUUUUGUUUUGUAUCAUCGGAAUCGGUAACGUUUUAUAUUGCACAGCACAUCCGGAAGCGGUAGCGCCAAUUGGAAAAAUCCGCGGCUCUGUUCUAACUUCAAGGCUCGGAAAGGAGAUUUAUUCCUUCCGUGGCGUGAGAUAUGCCGAGCCUCCCACAGGAGAACGACGUUUUCAGGUUGCCACUCCAGCAGCAGACUGGAACGAUGUUUUCGAUGCCUCCGAAGAAGGUCCUGCAUGUCCAAAUGUGGAGCGUAUCGAGCCAAUAUCUGAAGAUUGCUUGCGUUUAAAUGUCUAUACUAAAAAACUGUCUUCAAAAAAUGAAAAUGUAUCAUUGCCAGUGUUGGUUUUCUUCCAUCCAGGCGGUUUCUACCAGUCUUCCGCUCAGAGCUUUAACUAUGGUCCCGAAUAUUUGCUGGACCACGAUAUCGUUUUGGUUACUGUAAAUUAUCGCCUUGCCACGUUAGGUUUUAUAGCAACGGGCGAUUCACUGGCUCCAGGAAAUCUAGGUUUGAAAGAUCAGGUAAUAGCGCUUCGUUGGAUUCAAAGGAACAUCGUUGCUUUCGGAGGAGAUCCAAACUCCGUGACCAUCAGCGGCUGCAGCGUCGGAGGGCUCAGUACUUUCUUGCACAUGUUAUCACCAAUGUCCAAAAAUCUAUUCCACAGGGUGAUCGAUAUGAGUGGCUCCCCCUUACUCACGGAACCUUAUCCAACCCACCAAAGAGAUAUCGCAGAAAAACAAGCGAAACUUUUGAAUUGUCCCAUUAACAACACCAAAGACAUGUUGGCUUGUCUCAGAUCAAAGCCUGUAGCCAACUUUACCAAGACUAUAUCUGAAUUUUUUGAAUGGUACGGAGAUCCAAUUGUGCUCUGGAAACCCGUCGUAGAACCGGAAGUUCCAGGAAUGGAACGAUUUCUACCAGCUCAACCCAUCGAUCUUAUUCGACAAGGAAAGUUUUAUCAAGUCCCAGCCAUAUUUGGAGUAACGAAAGAUGAACUUGGUGGGAUAGUCGUCACGUUCGAAAAUAUCACCAGAAACAAUGGCAACAUAUAUCGCAAUAUGAACGAGAAUUGGUAUCACGUAGCACCGAUUAGUUUCAUAUACGAACGUAACACGCCAAGAUCGAAAAAUAUUAGUACAGAAUUGCGGAAGUUUUAUUUGAAUGACGAACCACUCGGUUCGUCUAACAGAAAUGGUCUUGCUCAUCUCUAUGCGGACAGCGUAAUUAUAUUUUCACAAUAUCGUGGGGCGAAGUUAAUAGCUGAAAACUCCAAAGCUCCGGUGUAUCUUUAUAAAUUUACUUAUCAAGGCCGUUAUAGCUUUACAAUGUGGAAUGCUACGACACCCUACGGCGUCGAACAUCAAGAUGAUUUGCAAUACUUAUACUACAUAAAGAGUAACUUUCCAUAUUUUAAUAAGACUGCACCUGAGAUUCCUAUGGUGGAACUGUAUACAUCUAUGUGGUCCAGCUUCGUACAAACUGGCCAACCCAUUCCAAAUGGUAGAAAUAUAACGUGGAACAGGUUUGAAAGCGAGAAAAGUAACUACUUGGAUAUCAACUUGAAUCCUACCAUGAAGACUGGUUUCUAUCCCGAUAGAAUGCAAGAAUGGGAAAAAUUAUUUCCUCUAUCCGCUGCAUCACAAAGCAAAGCAACAUAGCAAUGUAAAGUCCGAAUGGUCCUUCUUAAGGCUAUUAAUUUUGUUUCCGAAGCAAUUUAAUAAAUAUAUAGAUCAUUA